AUGAAGCAAUAUUUGAACUAUUACAAGAUGAGGCUGAGAACAUCGAGGUUAGGUUAUCUGUUACUUCAGUUCACGGCGCUUUGCUUUUACGCACAGAACACUGUGCAGUCUCCUCCUAAUUUCAAGCACCAUGUCACCGAGCAGAGCCGGCUGUCGGACCGGAUGAGCCGCAGGUUGACCCGAACCUACCAGCUGUACAGUCGCACCAGCGGGAAACACGUCCAGGUCCUGGCCAACAAGAGGGUCAACGCCAACGGAGACGAUGGAGCAGUACACGCUAAACUGGAGGUGGAGACAGACUCUUUUGGGAGCCGUGUUCGUAUUAGAGGGGUGAAGACAGGAUACUACAUAUGUAUGAACAAGAGGGGGAAGCUGAUCGGCAAGAGGAAAGGACGAGGCAAAGACUGCAUCUUCACUGAGAUUGUUCUGGAAAAUAACUACACUGCGCUUCAGAACGCCAAAUACGAGGGCUGGUACAUGGCUUUCACACGCAAGGGCCGUCCGAGGAAGGCCUCCAAGACCAAGCAGCACCAGAGGGAGGCCCACUUCAUGAAGCGUCUACCCAGGGGUCACUUGCUGAGUGAGAGACGGCCGUUUGAUGUUCUUCCUCUCCCCGUCCCUGCGCAGCCUUUCAGCAAGCGGACUAGACAUUCCCAUCACCAGCGCUCGGGGGGCCGCUGAGGACUGAAACCACUGAGGGAGAAACUGUGGAUAAACCACCACAGAAGAACCACUACGAGACAAAACA